AUGGUCAAUGACCCCAACCUCUACCCAGAGCUCAUCGAGACAGCCCAGGCGGCGCUCGAAAAGCAUGACCCAACGGCCGAGCUAGAUUUCGAGGGCGUCCUCGAGGAGGACUCGAUCUACCCAGAGGUCCGCGCUGCCGUGACGAACAUUGAUGAUCCGUCGAUGCCCGUCAACAAGCUCGGCGCCUGGUUCCUGGGCAUCGUUUCCACCAUCCUCAUCUCUGGUAUCAACCAGUUCUUCAUCUUCCAGUCGCCCUUGACUUCCAUUACGUGUAUCAUCGCCCAGCUGGUAGCCUUCCCGCUCGGCAAGGCGCUCGCCUUGAUCCCAUACAAGGCCGAAUGGCCGCUGGGCUGGUUCAUCAACCCGGGCCCAUUCAACAUCAAAGAGCACACCCUGAUCACCGUCAUGGCCACAGUGGCCUACGGCCAGGCAUACGCCACCGAGAUUCUGACUGUCCAAAAGGUAUACUACCACCAGGAGAUUCCGGCAGGAUACCAGAUCCUCCUCAGGCUCUCCACCCAGCUCACCGGCUUCUCUUACGCCGGCUUCAUCCGCCAGUGGCUCGAGGCCGCAGAGGGCUCCAAGUGGUCGCGAAACCACAUGUUCGUCACUGUGUUCCUCGCAAUCCUCUGCUGGGAGUUUGUUCCUGUGUACCUCUUCACCUCUUUGACCUACUUUAGCUGGCCAACCUGGAUCACGUCGGAGAACUAUGGCAUCAACAUGGUCUUUGGCGGUACCGGAGGCAUUGGUUUGAACAUGAUCUCUUUGGACUGGUCAACCCUGGGAUACCUAGGCUCCCCGCUCUGGAAUCCAUUCAACUCGACUCACGUUCUCGGUGCCAACGGCGAACUGGAAGAGGCGGCGUACGAAACAUACUCCGUUCCGUACCUGCCUAGCUCGUUCAUGGUCUCUCUUGUUCACGUCUCACUCUUCUAUGGCAAGGGCACUGUCAAACAGUUCCGGCGCACAAUCGGCGAUGAGCCCGACAUUCACGCUCGCCUCAUGUCUCGCUACAAGGAAGCGCCUGUCUGGUGGUACACAGCGACGUUCCUCGUUUCAUUCGACAUGGCCGUCCCCGCCGUCUGCAGUUACUCGACCAGCUUGCCAGUCUUGGCCUUGAUCAUCGCCCUCAUCCUCGCUGCAAUCUACACCCUUCUGCUCGCGAUAAUCUCGGUCAUCACCGGCUCAACCAUAGGCCUGAACGUCAUCACGGAGAUAAUCAUCGGAUACAUGCUUCCAGGCCACCUAGCGGCCAUGAUGAUCUUCAAGUGCUUCGAUUACAUCACCAUGGUACAAGCUGUCACCUUCCUGAGCGACCUCAUGUUCGGCCACUACAUGAAGGUGCCCCCGCGCACGAUGUUCGCCGGCCAGAUGAUCGCGGAGAUCCUCUCCGUCUUUGUGCAGCUCGGUGUCAUGGCCUGGAUCUUCCAGAACGUCCCCGGCCUCUGCACUGCCGACGCGCACCCAUCUCGUUUCACGUGCAGCUACGCACGCACCUUCUACACCGCCAGUAUCCUCUGGGGUCUCAUCGGGCCGCGCCACGCAUUCGACGAGGGCGCCCGGUACCAGUACACCAACAUCAUGUUCGCCAUCGGGGCAUUCCUGCCGAUUCCGAUAUACUUCCUCGCGCGCAAGUUCCUGAAGUCGUUUGUCUGCUUCAUCAAUUGGCCUAUCAUAUUCUCUGGUCCUGGCUACUUCCCUCCCGCCUCUGCGCCUUCAUACACUGCCUGGGCCACCGUCGGUUUCUUCUUCCAGUACUUUCUCAGGAAGAAGCCGCGGUUUUGUAACUCGGGGACGGCCAUCUCCGUCAUCAUCAUCACGCCCGCGCUACAAUAUCCCCGCGCCCCGGCGCUAGACAACGUCUUCUACACCGAGACGGGCAUUCCUUGGUGGGGAAACAAUAUUGAAGCGAACACGCUGCACGGCCAAGGCUUGGUCCGCUACCCUGUCCCGGACCAAGGCUUCGCGCCCGCGCCCGACGGACAGUGGGACCCCAGCCCUUCCGCACGCUCGGCUUGA